CAACCAAGCCGAACGGGAAAACCCCUGGGUCGCCAUGCUGGAACUGCGGUUCUAUGCACUUCUCCUGGGACUGCCCAUUCGCGAAGCAUCGCUGCAGAGACUGUGGUCAAGUUGGUCACAAGGACGGGUACUGUUCAAGUGCGAGGAAGUCAUCGAAACCCGGCCAACGCCCGUCGAGACCCGUAGAGACGAAAAGUGUCGUGGUGCGGAACGUCAAGAAGAGAAGAAAGUUCGUGCAGGCGCAGGUGAACGGCCGACGCGUUGCUCUCCAGUUGGACACGGCGUCCGACAUCAGUGUCAUCUCAGAGCAGACGUGGAGAGAAAUCGGCAAACCUGCACCGAAACCUGCGACCGUUCAAGCUGCAACAGCAUCCGGCAAGCCGCUCAAGUUGGAGUUCCAGUGCGCCACCGAAAUCAACAUCAACGGUGUCGUGCGUGAAGGACGGUUCUAUGUCGUGAAGCAGCAACUCAAUUUACUGGGGCUCGAUCUCAUCGACGAGUUCGACUUCUGGUCAGUGCCAAUCAACCAGUUCUGCAAUCAAGUCAGCAGUUUCCCAUCAACACUUGGCGCUGUCAAAGCAGCUUUUUCAGCUGUUUUCAACGAUGCCCCAGGACUGUGCACGAAGGCGAAGGUCAAAUUCAGCCUCAAGGACGGCCAAACACCUGUGUUUCGGCCGAAACGACCUGUCGCCUACGCCAUGUGCAAGACAGUAAGCGACGAACUGGAACGCCUCGAACACGCCGGAAUCAUCUCACCGGUGGAAUACUCGGAGUGGGCUGCUCCGAUCGUGGUUGUCCGGAAAGCAAGCGGAGCGGUUCGAAUCUGCGGCGACUACUCGACGGGCCUCAACGACGCCCUGCAGCCGCAUCAGUACCCGCUCCCGAUACCGCAGGACAUCUUCGCCGGACUGGCGAACUGUAAGGUGUUCAGCCAGAUCGAUUUAUCGGAUGCGUACCUACAGGUUGAAGUUGACGAAGACAGCCGGGAACUGCUCACGAUCAACACGCACCGAGGUCUCUAUCGCUACAAUCGGCUCUCGCCAGGUGUCAAACCCGCACCCGGAGCUUUUCAACAGAUAGUAGACACCAUGAUGGCUGGUACCACCGGAGCUGCGGCCUACUUGGAUGACAUCCUGGUGGGUGGCGUCGACGAAGCCGACCACUGGCGCAACCUGCAAGCAGUUCUCAAGCGCAUCCAAGAUUACGGGUUCACCAUCAAGGCGGAAAAAUGUUCAUUUGCCCAGCGCCAGAUCAAGUACCUGGGUCAUCUCAUCGACGAACACGGUCUGCGCCCUGAUCCAGCCAAGCUCGAUGUGAUCCGGAACCUUCCUGCUCCAAAGGACGUCUCCGGCGUGAGAUCGUUUCUGGGGGCUAUCAACUACUACGGGAAGUUUGUUCCGAGCAUGCGAACGCUUCGUUACCCGUUGGACGAACUACUCAAGACAACCAACAAGUUCGUCUGGACCGCCAAGUGCCAGGAAGCGUUCGAGAGGUUCAAGGCGAUUCUAUCGUCCGACCUGUUGCUGACGCACUACGAUCCAGCUCAAGAAAUCAUUGUGUCGGCGGAUGCGUCGUCGAUCGGAAUCGGGGCCACGAUCAGCCACAGGUUCCCGGACGGAUCGAUCAAGGUUGUGCAGCAUGCUUCAAGAGCGUUGACCUCGACCGAGCAAGCCUACAGCCAACCAGAUCGCGAAGGACUUGCCAUCAUCUACGCUGUGACCAAGUUCCACAAGAUGCUUUUUGGUCGCAGAUUCCUUCUCCAAACCGAUCACGCUCCUCUUCUCCGAAUUUUUGGUUCAAAGAAGGGAAUACCAGUGUACACGGCGAACCGCUUGCAGCGUUAUGCGUUACAACUCCUUCUGUACGACUUCAAGAUUGCCUACGUCAGCACGGAGAAGUUUGGAGAUGCGGAUGUCCUUUCGCGCCUGAUCGACCAGCACGCAAAACCUGACGAGGAUUUCGUUGUAGCCAGCAUCACCUUGGAGGAAGACGUCAGGUCGAUUGUCAAGGAAUCAAUAAACGCACUUCCUCUCAGUUUCAGAGUCGUUCAACAACACACCAAGUCUGACCCGGUACUUCGGAAAGUCCUCCAGUACAUCCAGCAAGGUUGGCCCAAGUCAAAGACGGCCAUUGCUGACCGGGAGCUUAAGGUGUUCUUCGACCGAAGGGACUCGCUCUGCACAGUCCAAGGGUGCGUCACUUUCGCGGAACGACUCGCGAUUCCAUCGGCGUUCCGGGCUCGCUGCCUCCAGCAUCUGCACCGCGGCCAUCCCGGGAUUGAGCGCAUGAAGGCGUUGGCUCGUAGUUACGUGUACUGGCCAUCAAUCGACGCCGAUAUCGCCGGACACGUUGGAACGUGUCGUCACUGCGCUGCAGUUGCCAAAAGUCCGCCCAAAGCACCACCGCAACCAUGGCCAAAGUCAACCUUCCCGUGGCAGCGGGUGCACGUGGACUACGCAGGUCCGAUCGAAGGCGACUACUUCCUGCUCUGUGUCGACUCGUAUUCCAAAUGGGUCGAAAUCACCAAAACCAAAUCUAUCACAGCUUCUGCGACUAUCGCCAUUGUCAGAAGUCUGUUCGCUCGCCUUGGUAUGCCAGAAACUCUGGUCAGUGAUAACGGCACCCAGUUCACUAGUGCCGAGUUUGGACAGUUCUGCUUGGAGAACGGAAUCAACCACAUGACGACUGCCCCGUUCCACCCGCAGUCGAAUGGCCAGGCGGAGCGGUUUGUCGACACCUUUAAAAGAGCAGUGAAGAAAAUCAGAGAGGGGAGAGGAACGAUCAACGAAGCACUGGACACCUUCUUGUUGACGUACAGAUCAACGCCAAACCCGUCAGCACCUGACGGUAAAUCGCCUUCUGAAGCCAUGUUCGGUCGCAAGAUCCGGACGAGCCUGGAUUUGCUUCGACCGCCUGCUGUCCCUGUGGUAAAGGCCAACGAGGAGCAGAACGCCAAACGAUCGAUCCAGAAAGGUGAUUGUGUGUACGUGAAAAUCUACUCGGCGAACGCCUGGAGGUGGGCGCCUGGAGUAGUCCUCGAGCGCCUCGGACGGGUGAUGUUCAACAUCUGGGCUGAGGAUAAGCGAAUGAUCCGGUCACAUCUCAAUCAGCUGCGAUUCCGGACAACAGAUGGUCAACGUGGGUUGGGAGUUCAGGGUGCCAAGCCAAGUACAAAACUGCCUCUGGAUAUUCUGCUGAAGGAGUGCAUCUUGCAGCGGCCAAGUACAGCAUCAAAGAACACCGCCUCGCCAGCUUCUUCCCCGCAGUCGGCACCCAACACAUCAUCGCUCGGAGUUCCCUCUGAGCAAUCAACACCGAUCCAGUCACCGCAAGCCACGGCUGAACCGACGAACUGGGAGUCACCACGGUCACCAUCCUUUCGUUCAGCGACUGCAUCCCCGGCAGCGGUGCCAUCUACCUCCAAACCAGUCUCUUCGCCAGAGUUCCUGUCAGCAAGCGAGAACGAACCAGCUGUUCCGUUCAAACCGCGGCGCUCUUCCAGGCAUCGGAGAGUUCCGAUAAGGUUUGACCCAUACCAGCUGUUUUAAGGAGGGAGAUGUUGGGAACGAAUGGAUCACCCUGUUCACCAACGGCAUCGUAGCAACACCGCUGGGCUCACUCGUGGCAGUUCAGCUGUCACCGGUCGAUGCAGGAAACAGCUCAACUCUUAGUGGCGUCAUUAUCUGGUGGAUUGUCUUACCGCGUGGAACGCGGACUGUUUUAAUCCGUCUAAAUAAAGUUUAUUUUAAUGUGUAGUAAUUUACGUUGCGCGUUGUAUUAUUGCCACCUUAAUUGCGGCCACCUGGCGCGCUC